AUGAACAUGAGGACUUCAGCUGGACUGGUUGUGAUACUAUUCACAGUAUCUCAUGGUACAGGGCAGUCGUGUGAUGGCAGAAAGGAUGGAGCUGAGUGUUAUGGAGAAGUGGACAGAAUUAUGUUAAUUAAAUUGAUUAAUGGCGGAACCUUCUCUGAUAUUAUUUGGACGAAAAUGAUCAAAUACAACAACAUAACAUUACGAAAUGAUAUGUUGACAUUUAGAGAUAAAAUGGUACAACAGAGAACAUUCAAACAAGAAUUUAAUCCAGAAACCGGAAUUAUGCUGAUCAAAAACCUGGAGUUUUAUGACAGUGGUAACUAUACUCUUUCAUACAUUACCCUGAAUGGAACUAGAGGUUUUCGGACUCUGCUGUUGAAUGUUGAGGCUCCUAUUAAGUACGUACAUCUGGCCACGGCGUGCUUGUCCAAGGGCGAGCAGCUGGUAUCCUGCAUUUCCGAUGUAGGGGACCUUCAGUACAGUUGGGCUCUGAACCAUCGAAAACUGGAGGACACGGCGCUUCUCUCUGGACAUGUUCAUUCAAAGAGUAUCAUCCUGAAACAGCAUGUCUCAGGAUGGCUGGUGUGCAAUGUCAGGAAUCACAUCAGUUAUGACAGAAGAGGAGUUGACAUAAAUACUUGUGGGUUUGUAUUGGUGAACUGCAGUUCAAAUGGAACUCACAUAUCACAAUGGAGGCCUGUCAAUGCCACUAUCUGCGAUGAGCCAAUCUAUACACCCAGCUCCUCUCAAAUUGUUGUGCUGAUAAGUCGUAACAGCUGUGGGGCAGCGAUCAUUGUGUUAAUGAUCGGAGUGGUGAUAUUAUACACCCUGAAGGAAACGGAGAACAAGACACAUGAAGUUAAAAGAGACCAGGAAUUAAUUUAUGUGAACGCACCAAAAGGAGUAGAUGCAACACAGACAAGAAAGAAAAUGGCUGGAGAACAUCAUUUUUCCAUGAAUUGAGCCAUACAAACUAGCAUCCAUUUAUAUGUGUCUAUGAGUAAAACAUCUUGAUUUUCUCUUGGAGGUAAAGCAGGAGUGGCUUUUAUUACAUGUGAAAUAAUAAAUACAUACUGUAGUAUAUGGUAUUUUAUUUAUUUUAUUUGAUAUAUGUACAGUUUUGUAUUGAUGUAUGAUGGUAUUGAGUCUUUUAUUUUUUUCUUGGCGGUAAAGCAGGAGUGGCUUUUAUUACAUGUGAAAUAAUAAUAGAUAUAGUGUAUCACAAAAGUGAGUACACCCCUUUCACUUCUGCAGAUACAGUGGGGCAAAUAAGUAUUUAGUCAACCACUAAUUGUGCAAGUUCUCCCACUUGAAAAUAUUAGAGAAGCCUGUAAUUGUCAACAUGGUUAAACCUCAACCAUGAGAGACAGA